AUGGCUAGUAACCUGUCACCGGUGAACGAAAUGGCUGACUCAAUCACGAGCAGUACACCGUCUGAGAUUGUGUACGGCGGAACCGGAUCACCAGAUGAGCACCGAACGAUGUCAGACAAAGUUCAGUCAAUGGCAUCUGCAAUAUAUCGAGAAUUGGAGACCAUGAUAAAAGUGCACGGGGAAGAAAAUGUGAAGACAUUGAUGCCUCUCGUUGUCAAUAUUCUUGAAUCUCUGGAUCUUGCCUAUUUGGAACGUGAUGAACAAACUGCUGAUCUCGAAAUGUUAAAAGAAGAUAAUGAACAACUACAAACGCAGUAUGAACGAGAGAAAGCUCUACGAAAACAGACGGAACAGAAAUAUAUCGAAAUAGAAGACACAUUAAUAGGUCAAAAUAAAGAGCUUGAUAAAAAGAUCGAAUCUCUUGAAUCAAUAAUGCGGAUGCUCGAACUGAAAGCAAAAAAUGCAACUGAUCAUGCAAACCGAUUGGAAGAACGAGAAGCUGAGCAAAAAUUAGAAUUCGAUCGUCUUCAUGAACGAUAUAAUACCCUGUUAAGAACCCACGUAGAUCAUAUGGAACGGACCAAAUAUCUUAUGGGAAGUGAAAAAUUCGAGUUAAUGCAGAAUAUGCCAUUGCCGAAUUUGCAAUUACGAAAUAAAAUGGGCAUGGCUGCUUCAGUCGAUGCAUCAUCGAUUCGUGGAGUAUCAGAUCUUAUUUCUGCUCAUAUGACUCAGUCAACAACUAUGGAUGUGAAUCUUGCCAACCACAUUUCAAACGAAGAUUGGCAAGAUGAAUUCUCUUCGGACGUCGAACCUUCUCCCCGUGACCUUCCACCUCCAGCGUCUGAAACUCUUUCUUCUCCAGUUCUUGCCAAAGAACCGACUCCAAAACAUGACGUCGCAUCACCGAGACAAUCAGAAGAGGAAGCGGAUGAAACAGCUUCUGUCGAGCCGAAAGAAAACAGUGAUCUACUUGGAGCCGAUCUCACAGAUGACGAAGCGGAUUGGAAUGGCCUGGGAUUGAAACCACGGAGACGUCGGCAUGAUGAUAUUCUUGACGAUGAUGAUACUUCGGACGACGGAAGUCUGGUUAACGACACAUUCAUUGGAAUGGGUCGAGAAGUGGAAAACUUGAUCAAGGAGAACUCCGAAUUGCUCGACAUGAAGAAUGCGUUGAACAUUGUUAAAAAUGAUCUGAUUAACCAAGUUGAUGAGUUGAACAGUGAAAACAUGAUUCUGCGAGAUGAGAACAUGAGUAGGCAGAUGGUCAGUGAGAAAAUGCAAGAACAGAUUGCAAGACUGGAAGAAGAAGUAAAAACGAUGAAACAAAAGCUCAUGGAGAAAGAAAAUGAACAGGAAGAGGAAGAUGUUCCGAUGGCAAUGCGUAAACGAUUCACUCGUUCCGAAAUGCAACGUGUGCUCAUGGAUCGUAAUGCGUACAAAGAGAAGCUUAUGGAACUCGAAGAGUCGAUAAAGUGGACCGAAAUGCAACGAGCCAAGAAAAUGCAGCAACAACAACAAAACGUUAAUCAAAAGAAAUCCGGUGGAAUAUGGGAAUUUUUCUCAAGUCUUCUGGGUGAAUCAGUGACUCCGCCCGCAUCGGCUCGUGGUAACCGUACCACUUCUUCGCGUAGCAAGAUGACGCGCUCAGUGGAGUAUAUCGAUCCAGACAUGAUCUCGGAAAGGCGUGCUGCCGAGAGGAGAGAGCAGUACAAACUGGUCAGAGAGCAUGUUAAGAAAGAAGAUGGACGUGUUGAAGCAUAUGGAUGGUCAUUUCCAAAUGUGGAUGCUGAUGUAUCAUCAGUUCCAAUCCCUGUAUGCUGUCGACCACUUCUUGAUAAUGAGCCGUCUCUUAAAGUUUGGUGUGCUACUGGAGUGGUGUUAAGAGGAGGAAGAGAUGAGAAAGGACAGUGGAUUGUUGGAGAUCCCAUUUAUUUUGCCCCAGCUUCUAUGAAGAAGGCAAAAACAAAUGCGAGAUCAGAACUGGAAGAUGAGAUACAGAGAGCACGAAAUCUCGAUGCCCGCGAGAGUGAACUCGACGAGUGGCAAUCGUCUUCUCUCGUCUGGGUGGCCAGUUCAAAUCAAGGAAAGAGUUUGAUCGCAGUGCUUGAUGCCAACAAUCCGAACAAUAUCAUCGAAACUUUCCCUGCAUGUGACAGCCAUCUUCUUUGUAUUCAAGCAGUAUCUGGAGUGAUGGAAGGAGAACCAGAAAUGAAUGAAGAACAUUCAAAGAAGUACUUGUCAGGAGGAGGAAAAGUGAAAGAGUUGCCAGAAGGAUUAGAUGGAACUGAUCUCGGAGCAUGUGAGUGGGUUGAGCUCCGUAAGAUGGAAGAUUCGGAAGACGGAGUUCCGACGUAUUGCUCAAAUGAUAUGAAGCCAAGUCCUAAGAGAACAAGAGAUUUCAGCAUCAGUGAAGUGGCACCUAUUGAUCCAUCAGUUGCGCCAGUCAAAGCCAAAACUAAACUGUCAAGGGUAUCGGAAAGUGUUGUGCCAGAUGAGACGCCGAAAGUGAUUCCACUGGAAAAACUGAAGAAAGAACCAGCACCUCCAGCAAAUCGACCAGCUGGCCGGGCAGCUCUUCCACCUCAUAUUCGAGAUGCAAUGAGCAAGUAUGACGGAGUGUCCGGACAAAUGAGUGGAGCACUUCCGACUGUAUGGAUGGGAGGACAGAACCAAUACAUUUACAUUCACUCUGCUGUAACCGCUUGGAAGCAAUGUCUUCGUCGCAUCAAAAUGCCAGAUGCAGUUCUCAGCAUUGUCCACUACAAAGGGCGGAUUUUCGCUGCUCUUGCCAACGGAACGAUUGCCAUUUUCCAUAGAAAUAAGCAUGGAGAAUGGUCGGAUGAAGGAUAUCAUUCACUACGAGUUGGAAGUGCCACAUCUUCAGUUCGUUCUCUCUGUCUCGUUUCAACCAAUAUUUGGGCAACUUACAAGAACUGCGUGGUGGUUAUCGAUGCAGAGAGUCUUCAGAUUGUGAAAGUAUUCGCUGCUCAUCCACGGAAAGACAGUCAAGUUCGUAAUAUGCAAUGGAUCGGAGCUGGAGUUUGGCUCUCCAUUCGCCUCGAUUCCACUCUUCGGCUGUACCAUGCUCAUACAUAUGAACACUUGCAAGAUGUUGAUAUUGAGCCAUAUGUGACUAAGAUGCUCGGAACUUCUAAGCUAGAUUUCUCUUAUAUGAGAACAACGGCUCUUCUGGUUUCAAAUCGACGACUUUGGAUUGGAACUGGAACUGGAGUCAUCAUUUCUGUACCAUUCUCAGGACAACUAGAGAAGAAGGUUGAAAUAAAAGACUCGAAGAGGCCUGCUGGACCAGGAGGACUCGUCAGAGUUUACGGAACAUCUUCUGAAAAUGUCACUGAUGAAAAGUCAAAUGAUGACUUCAUACCGUACUGUAAUUUAUCACACGCACAAUUAUCUUUCCAUGGACAUAAAGAUAGUGUGAAGUUCUUCCUUGGAGUACCAGGAGCAUCGAAGAACGGGGAGGAUGAGUCAGUUGAAGUGACUCUCCGAAGAAUGUUGAUUAUGUCUGGAGGAGAUGGGUAUAUUGAUUUUAGGAUAGGCGAAGAAAACGAACCAGAGCUGACAGGUCAAUCGAUCCGACCUCGUGAUAUGUCACAUUUAAUAAUCUGGGAAAUCGACGCCGAACUUCCGAUUCUCUCGAAAUAG